AUGCUAUUCUACUACUAUCUACAUUCAAUAACACAGUUGCUUAGACCCCGUCGCCAUCAUCAUCAUCAUCAUCAUCAUCAUCAUCAUCAUCAUCAUCAUCAUCAUCAUCAUCAUCAUCAUCAACAACAACAACAACAACAACAACAACAACAACAACAACAAUACAACAAUACAACAAUCAUUUCAACAACAUGGUCUUCAUAUCAGCAACAUUACACCUAUUUCAGAUUCAUCGAGAUAUAUCUUGAUGGACUGGUCGUUGCAGUCGUCGUUGCAGUGGUUGAUGCAGAUGUUGAUCCAGUGGUCGAUGUUGGAUUUCAAACAAGUUACAAUUUGCAAAUAGCUAUUCUACUACUAUCUACAUUCAAUAACACAGUUGCUAGACCCUGUCUCCAACUUGAAUUGACAACAACAAUACCAUCAUCAUCAUCAUCAUCAUCAUCAACAACAACAACAAAAACAAUACAAAAUCAUUUCAACAACAUUAGCUUCAUAUCAGCAACAUUACACCCUAUUUCAGAUUCAUCAAGACUACAGUCACAUUCAAGAGGUAGCUAUCUUGACAUCGCUUCUACUCCAACAUCGACCACUGGAUCAACAUCUGCAUCAACCACUGCAACGACGACUGCAACGACCAGUCCAUCAAGAUAUACUUUUGGAUCCGCUUCGGCAUCAACAAAUACUACUACGACUAGUUCUCCAUCAACAACUGGACCAUACAGAGAAUUCGACCAAACAACAACCACAAAGAAUUGGAUCAUCAACAAUACAAAUAAUCAAUUCGACCAUACAAAGAGCCAAUUGGACAGUUGA